UGUAAACUGCACCGGAAGAGAAGAAGGUCCUUUCCCAGCCAUCUUGUGGCUUCAUCUAGCGAAGUGUUCGCACCAAUCCUCGUAGAAUCGGAGGAAAAUCCUGCUGAAGGGGCGCCAUCAUGCCCGGACAAAUGCAAGAAGGUUUUGGCUGUGCCAUAACCAAUCGGUUCGACCAGUUAUUUGACGACGAGUCGGAUCCUUUCGAGCUUUUGAAGCAGGCCGAAGAAGUUAAGAAGAAGAAGGAGCCUUCUGCUCCUGGUGCCACCAAGACUGCAGCUCAGGCAGCUAAACAGCCCAAAAAGGAGUCCCAAAAAGAAAGAAAGAUACCUUUGACAGACAAGAAGGAAGAGACUCAGGCUCCAGUUCCACUUAAAAAAGAUGGUGCAGGUUUGAGAAGAAUGACCAGGAAGCCAGAGGGAGAAGGCUCUAGACCUCAGGGGGGUCAGGGAGAGAGCCGACCCCCUUCAGACAGGCGGCCUGUGGACAGGCGGCCGCCUCGCCGCUUCGAGAGGCCUGCUGGUGAAACUGCAGACAAACCAGAGGGCGGUGAAUUCUCAGUGGAGAAGCCUGUUGGUGAUCGGCCAAUGAGGGGUCGCAAUGUUGGCAGGGGGGCCCGUGGAGGCAGAGGCCGUGGCAUGGGUCGGAGCGACGGCUUUGAUUCCAGAGGAAAACGUGAAUUUGACAGACACAGUGGCAGCGACCGAUCUACUCUGAAAGGUGAGGACAAGCGCGGUGGAAGUGGAUCUCACAACUGGGGAACUGUCAAGGAUGAACUAAAUGAGCUAAACCAGUCUAAUGUCACAGAGGAGAACCCUGAAGGAGAGGAGCAUCCACCUGCUGACUCUGAGAACAAGGAGAACGAGGUAGAGGAACCGAAGGAAGAAGGCCCCAAGGAGAUGACUCUGGAUGAGUGGAAGGCCAUGCAAGACAAAGAAAGGGCCAAGGUAGACUUCAACAUCCGAAAGGCCAAUGAGGGAGCUGAUUGGAACAAAGGAUUUGUGCUGCACAAGUCCAAGGCUGAAGACAAAAGAGGCGAUCUGCCUGAGGACAUUGAUGAGCCUAAGGGCGAAGACGAUCACCACUUUAGGAAGCCAGCCAACGACAUUACCUCCCAGUUGGAGAUAAAUUUCGGAGACCUGGGCCGCCCAGGCCGUGGACGUGGAGGACCACGUGGUGGCCGUGGAGGCCGUGGCCGAGGCGACGCCCCGCCUAGGCCGUCCCGUGGAGGAAGGACUGACAGGUCAUCUGCGUCUGUGCCAAACGUGGAUGACCCUGAAGCCUUCCCAGCCUUGGCUUAAGCUCUGGCUGUAAACCCUCAGGCCUACAGGAGCCUCCCAAGCACCUCCACUACGAGGCUUGCACAUGUUCCUGGAUCCUUCAGCGAAGUGAAAUGAUGGAGAAGACUGUCAUACCCAUGACACUCAAUGUGAGGACUGAGUUUUAUCCAAUAAAAACAAAAAGUAAAAAAAGCAGAAAUUAACCAAAAAAAAUACAAAAGGAAAAGGACUUUUUGCUGCUCUGGAGUAACUUGUUGGUAGAGGUUUUUUUUUACUUUGAAACAAAGUAGCAGGGAUGUUUUCAUACAGUAUUUUUUUCAGAGGUUAUGCAUUGUUCAUUAAAGUUUUAUAAUUGAUUCUUAAAAAUAUGUAUUUUAAAAUGUAAGCAUAUUUUUUCUUUUGCUAUUGUUCGCUUCAAAAUGUGCACUGUGUAGCUCCAAUCCAAGUUGUGCCACACAAGGCAUUUCUAAUGAAAUUACAGCUUCACUCAUCGAGUUUUAUUUUAUUUUAUUUUUUCUCUUUGGCACUGAUUUGUCACAUUUUAUACAGGUCUAUUCUUGUAUGAUCUUAUUUUCAUACAUUCUUACAAGGACUUUUUUCACCCGAGGCACAUAAGACACUGAUUCCUCAUUAAGAAAUGCUGCCUUCAUUUAAACACGUACGUUAAAAGCUACCUAAAUCAGAAUGUUCAUUUGAACUAAGAUGUUGGGUACAUUUGGUCAUUUUUGGUGGAACACUGUUUAUAAUGCAGAAGUUUUAUCCCGAGAUAUUUGUCAAAUGGAUCGAUUUGAAGCUAAAAGCUUGUGUUUAUAAGAUUGUUUUUCCUCCACUCAUUUCAUUUUCAGUAACCGUGUGUAGGUCAUGACUUUCAGAGUGAUGAAAGGGUGUUUUUGCACAGCUGAGAUGUAGCUGAAGACCUCUGGAAGCCAUCAGAACCGUUCUGUUUACACUCCACCCAGCAUCCUUCCACAGACCCAAACCUGACUCGGCUCUGCUUUGGUUUGUUUCAGCAGUUCUGUGCUGAUCUUUUCUCUGCUUUUUAUUUGCUGUGUAGCUUCCACAGUGGCACCACUGUAUAACUGCUCUGAAAGGAAUACAGCUGUUCGUUAUGUGGAACAGCUGAAGUGCUCUGCAAUUGUGUGAAUUUCAGCCCUGCUAUUAGACCUCUGUUGAUGAAUAAAGGUGGUCGGCAAAGUUUAA